UAAACCCUAAAUUCCCAGUUUUAUGAAAUUAAGACCUCAAGUGAAAUCGUGAACUUCUUCUUCUUUCUCUUCUCUUUUCCAAAAAACCCCUAAUUUCGGAUUCUCACUAUUCUCCCACACUCUCAAACUUAGAACAAUGGAGAGUGUUGAAAGCAGAAGGAUUGUGACUGAUGAAGAAAAGUUAGAAGCCAAAAAUUUCAACAUAUUCGAUCUUCCCGACGUACCUAAAGGUCUUCCUCCGCAUUUAGAACUCGAGCGAACUCGUGUUGUCUGUAAAGUUGAUGCUCCUACACAUACCACGGAAACCAUAUAUUCUGGUGCCUAUGCUUUUAUGGGAGUGGACAACAGUGUGAAUCUAGAAAACUUCUCUGAGAAUUUCAAAGUUGAUGUGAUUAGUCUCACAGAGACAGAUAUGGUAUUCGAUAUGAUUGGUAUCCCUGCAGGGAUUGCUAAUGCUUUCCGAAGAAUCCUCUUAGCUGAGCUUCCUUCAAUGGCUAUUGAGAAAGUGUUUGUAGUAAACAACACAUCUAUUGUUCAAGACGAAGUUCUUGCUCACAGGUUGGGUCUUGUUCCAAUUGCUGCAGAUCCUAGGCUUUUUGAAUAUUUAUCUGAAAACGAUCAGCCAAACGAAAUGAACACCAUUGUUUUCAAACUCCAUGUGAAAUGUCCAAAAGGUGACUCUCGUCGUAAAGUCUUAACAAGCGAAUUGAAAUGGUUACCAAAUGGAAGUGAGCUUCUAAAAGAAUCAGCAGGAGGUUCCACAAAGCAAAAAACUUAUACUUCAUUCAGCCGCAGCCAAGAUUCCUUCCCUGAAUUUGCUGAUAAUCCUAUCACGCCGAGCUUUCAAGAUAUCUUGUUAGCAAAACUAGGCCCUGGCCAGGAAAUCGAGCUCGAAGCUCAUGCAGUUAAGGGCAUUGGUAAAACACAUGCAAAAUGGUCUCCAGUAGCAACAGCUUGGUAUCGAAUGCUUCCUGAGGUGAUUCUACUAAAGGAAUUCAAGGGUAAACAUGCUGAAGAACUCGUAAAAGUCUGCCCCAAGAAAGUUUUUGACAUUGAAGACAUGGGCCAAGGUAGGAAAAGGGCAACCGUAGCACGGCCUCGUGACUGCUCAUUGUGUAGAGAAUGCUUAAGAGAAGGAGGAGAAGAAGUUGUUCCAAAAAAAGGAGGAGAAGAAGUUGUUCCAAAAAAAGGAGGAGAAGAAGUUGUUCCAAAAAAAGGAGGAGAAGAAAAAGCAGAAGUAAAAUCAAAAGGAAAAAGAGAAUGGGUGGACCAAGUGGCUCUGCGCCGUGUGAGGAACCAUUAUAUAUUUACAAUUGAGUCCACCGGUUCACAGCCUCCGGACGUUCUUUUCACAGAAGCAGUUAAGGUAUUGGAAGAUAAAUGUGAAAGAGUAAUCUCUGAACUCUCCUGAUGAGAAGAGGUUUAGCUCUACCGGCAUGGUUCCGGUUUAGUUCAGUUUUGGGGUUUUGUAUCGAAAGGUUUAUACAAAAAAGAACAUUGAAAAUUUACUAAGUGUUGAUUCUUGGUUCAAAAUUAUUAUUCAUGUGAAAGUUGAAGAGAAAUAUAUAUACAGUAUGUGAGUGGUACCAAACACA